ACUUUAAACUCAGCCCCCUUUUUCCAAAAACCAAGCCAACCUGUUGAGUGUCUCAGUGGAGAGGGUUGGGUGUUGGCGCACAGAGGGAAGAGAGAAGUCGCUGCCUUUGAGUCACAUAUCCGCCUGUUUGUGUGAAUUUCCACGUUUUUCUCUUUCUUCGUGAUAAAUCGUUUUCGAGGUAAGUGUUGAUCCGAGAAAUGUCCUCUUGUAGGCUGUCAUUGUCUUCUCUUGCUUUUCCUUUGUUGGAUGAAACUGUACAAAAAGUUCAAGUUUUGCAAACAUGCUGGUGAACAUCUUUUCAACAGGAAACUACAGAAAGGACGAAAUUAUGGGAGUUUACGAACAGAUUCGUUUGCGAUGGAAAACUGUCGUCAGAAGUCUUUAUCUCCUCUUAGCUUGUUCAUUAAGUCGUUUAAAAGACCAUUAAAGUCUUGUUUCCUCGGAGAAAGUCUUUGGGUUUCAAAAAGUGAGAGAACAGUUCUCUGUUUGUCACGAUAGCAUCGUCCGGUUGAUAUUUCUCUUGGAUAUCACUGGUGUCAUGACAAUGAAGCAGCACGCGCCCAAGGGCCAACGUGCGUAACGGCCUGGAUAGUCUGCCUUCACGCGCAUUGAAGCAGCUGUUAGAACAAGUCCGCUCGAGGCUGAGAUAACUCAACUAAGCUCAACUGUGUAUUACUGUUUCCGCAGGCCCAGUUUAUACUUACAUUAGAAUAAAAAAAAUUAGAUUAAGUUUUUUUUUCUGUUAAUAUUGAGUCUUGGUCCCUUUCAUAGAGUUUAAUAAAUAUGACAGAUAGAUAUCAUUGCAGAGUGAGCAUGUAGCCUUAGCUUCUUAGUGCCAUUGACCAUAUUUACCAAAAGAUAAUUCAAGAAAAUCUGUUUUUUAAACACACAGAAGAUGACUGUCAGAGAAGAUGAAGUGCUGUGGAAUUUUACUAUGCUUUAUUGAAGGCAGACUAAAGGCUGUGUGUGUGUGUGUGUGUGUGUGUGUGUGUGUGUGUGUGUGUGUGUGUGUGUGUGUGUGUGUGUGUGUGUGUGUGUGUGUGUGUGUGUGUGUGUGUGUGUGUGUGUGUGUGUGUAAAAAGCUGAUAAGAGCAGGGGUGAUAACAUUUUGCUACCAUGUGGCACAAGGACAGAUUGGGACAAGGACAGAUACAGUAGAGUUGAAAUGUUGCUGUAUAUUGUUGCACUGUGAGGGACAAAGACCUACAAAAUAUGGAUGAUUUCAGGGAUUCUGAACUGAAAUAAGUGGGUCACUCACAGUGGGUUGUCAGUGUAUUGAAAUUUGUUGAAAACUACCAGAAAUCAGGUGAUGUAAAUUAUCUCACUUUUUUGACCGUGUCGCUAAUACUUUGAUAUAAUCAGAGUAUUAGUAUUAUAUCUACCAAGUUGAACUUUUGAAAUAAUUCACUUAAAUGGUAGGGAAAUUCACAGUUUAUAGCAUUUAAACUCUAUGGAGCUUGCCAAAAGGCCUUGAGCCAAGAAACUUUCAUUUUUACCAGCAUUUAGUUGUGUCUCAUUAAAUCAUUAAAACAUUGCAGCACAACUUAAAAACUGUAAAAAGUUCAAUACAGGAAUAAAACUAUGAUUGACCACUGUUUCAUAUCACUGAUCAGUGAUGCUUUCUGUCACAGCGUAGGAGAUGAAGCUGUUUAAGCCUUUUUUGCAUGCUGAUUAAAUAUUGAUCGUUAUGACAGGCUACAGGUCAUUUCACAUCGGGACGGUUUUUGUCGUGCGAUUAUUUCGGACGUCAAUAUUUUUUUUCGAACCCAUAUCCUGUCAAUGCAAGCGUUCACAUCAGCGACAUUUUCCCAUCCUGUGAUGUUGCGGCAUUUAUUUUUUCGGAUCAUGGUCGAUUUUUCUAAAGUUUCGCAGACUGUGUGUCCACUUCUGACCAAUCAGAUUGCGUGUUGUUGCGACGUCAGAUUUACCGGUAUAUCCAACAUGGCCGAUCGGCUGAUUGUUUAUGAUCGUUUACACAAAUAUUACAAAGAUAACGACCUGAAGGACAACUUGUGGAGAGUCAUAGCGUCGGAUUUCUGAUAUGACGAUGUUUUGUGUGCUUUAACAGUUUGCUAAACGUCUUUGUUUUAACUUUUAUCUGUGCUAACGGUUGUUACCAUAGUUUCAUGUGCUUAUCUGGUACUGGGCCCGACUUAGUACAUGCUAUCAUGAUAGACAGCCAUCUCAACACUAGAGUCUAGUCCUCUGCCUCUUCAAACUUGGAGCUAGUUGUUUCAGCAGAACUUCAAAUUGUCCAACAGACAACUGAAAAUAGGUUCUGAAGCAACUGUGGUACAGUUUCAGCUCCUGAACCAAGCAGUGAAACUCACCGAGUUCUCUUCUUUUUUGUAAUAUUUCUUUUUCAGAAAGCAAAAGCAGUACCAAUUCGCCAUCACUUGAAGUUGAAGUAGACUCCAUUUUUGUCUUCUCGCUAUCACCUGGGACACUGUAGGUUGUCAGGGAAAGGUCCCGUCCUCCUUCGCCUCUGAUUGGCUAUAAGUGCUGACCAGUUGGCUUGAGCUUGUGUGACGUUUCCAGCUUUUCUAGUCAAUCAGAGGCGAAGGAGGCAGGACUUUUCCCCGGAAAGUCGCAAAAUCGCAUCGGGCUUGAUGUGUAUAGUCAGGCGCGUCAAAAUUCGCCUCCGAAAAUUUCGUGAUUUCACAUUAUAUAUUUUCAAAAAAUAAAAAUAUCUUCAGUUUGUUGCAAACUGAAGUCUGGACUUUAUUUGUAGAUAAUUUAGUGCUCCAGCAUACUGUACAAAACUCUUUUUGUCCCACAGAAAUGGAGCAUAACAGAAGAAUUACAAGUGCAUAAAGUAUUCAGCUGAAAAAUGCAAACAUGGAUGUGAGGACAAAGAGAGGUUAUCAUACAUCUGGCCCACACCUGCCUAUCUCCAUGGAUGUGUAUUCAUUUUAAUGGUCCUCUUAUGUAAACAGAGGGAUUGAGGUGAGGCAGAGAGCUAAGAGAGGUUACAGGGGGACAGACGGAUGGACAGAGGAUGAACAAAGUGGCAUCAGACAGGCAGAGUUGUCUUUCCUGUGUCAGGUGAAGCAGACAGACUUCGUCAUCCUCACCUUUCCUCACAUGACUGCUGUUCUUAAAAAGGAAACGAGAGAAAGUGAGAGAGUGAGUGCUUAGAGAGGCGUGCUUUCUCCUCACCUUUCCAGACACCACUUUGGCAGCUCAUAGGCACAAAUUUAGAAACCCAGAGAGGACAUUGAUUUAAUGGCAGAGAUGUGACUGUGACCUUCAUAUGUUCACCAUGAAACCUCAACGCUCAGCAGUGACACUGCAAGGGUUGUACCCAGGUUAGAUUCAAGCAAGUCAGACUCAGUUUGGCUAUUCAGUGAUGAUCUGAUGAUAAGUCACCCAUCUGUUACCCAGAUGUAAACAAGCACAGAUGGCAGAUGGCAUUUCAUAGCCUGGUGUGGUUUGGCAGUGGUUUUAUGUAGUAUGGAAAGAUUGAUAAAGGCUGUGUCAGGUUAAGUUGGUGCGUAUGCAUCUGAUCAUAGCAAUGCAUAUAACCUGCAAAGAGGACUGAAGGCUGGAGCUCUGCCAGAGACUUGACAAAGCAAUCUAAGCAAUCUAACAUGUUGUACACAAAAAUACUGUGCUCCUAUUUUUGGCAAUUAAACUGUGAGUAAUUUAGAUCAAUCGCUGUGGAACACCCCUGAUUGAAAUGACAGUAUUUUAAGAAUUUAUUUGACACAUACCAUGAUUAUCGUUGGACUCGUCUACAUGGUGUAGGAGGGCCUUUUAACCUGUGCAGCAGUGACCCAAGAGGGGUAGCUCUAAAUUUCUUGGCUUCUCACUUACCUUUUCCAGAAAAUACGAUCUACUAGCCUGACAUUGCACUUGUUUUUUAACAACUUAAUGUCCCAAAGCAGCUCAGAGAUGCAUCCAGAGAAACAGAUUUUCAUUGUGAAUACUUUUGUUCUGUAUUUUCAAUUAAGCUGCAAUCGCUGAUGAACAACAAAGCCAAUGCUGAAGUGCUAAAAACUGCAUUUCCUAAAGUGUCCUCUUGAGGCCAGCUUCGAAAACCCAGAAAUUCCCAUUUACAGCAGAAGUUACCAUUUACUGAGCACAUUGUAGCUGUUUGCCAUUAUCCUUGAGGUCUACCUGAACACUGCUUUGCAUUUCCAUUUCUAAAUUUCCAAUAGGGCGACUCUUUAAUUCAGCUACUUAACUCCACCCCAGAAACUGAUGUCUGAAGUCACUUAGCCGACAUCCGUGCUUUUUACAACUCAUGGUUUUUAAUGGUUCUGGUCAUGGGUCUGUUUCUUUUAGACUGUGGUCUAUAUACGCUGGUAAUAGGAAUGAGAUGUUGAGGACUUCAUCGAUCUCAGAGUGAAAAUGAAGAUAGUAAAUUUUCAUACUUUUGAAAAACUAAACAUCAAGGGACUCUGACCUUCAAAAGAGCUAGACAAUGAAGCUAGCAGCUGCUGUUGGUAUCAGAAAAAGAGGAGGGAUUGAAAAACUCAGAUUUUAAACAAACACAACAUAAAUUAUUUGUUUCCAAGUGUCAGUCAGUGGAUCUGAUUGCUUCUGAUUUUGGGGGUCAUGUUGAGAAAUUGUACUUAGCUAUGAGAACUGAAGGGUUAUGAGACUUAGUAUGCAAUGUUCGUCUGAGUGUUUUAUUGCCCCUCUACAACAAUUAUGUAAUAAUUUCACUGUGGUAAUACAAUUUGCAUGACAAAUAAUUCAAGUUAUGUGAAACAGUCCUUUUUUAAAAAACAAAUAUCUUUACUUGAGAUGGAAUAAUGGAAAAAGGGAAAUGUAGUCCUUCCUCGAACCCACUGAUGACAUCCGCACACUGAGGAGCACCUCACACUGUUGCUAGCUUCUCUUUGCUAGCCUUGUGGUUUCCAUGUGUGACUCAUAGCUCCAGUAUGCUCCACUCCCUCUACCCUCUGUCUGUCUCUUUGUGUCCUUUCUCAUUCCCUCUCUUUCCCAACUAAUCUCCUCUUCCUCCUCCUCCUCCUCCUGCCUCCUCCUCUCAUUCACCUGGGCUUAAAUUCUUACAUUUCUUCCUCCUCUCCGUCUUUUACUCAUUUUUAUUUUCAAGCUAAAGGCUUGUUUGUACUUUCUCUGUGUAUCUUAAACCGUGAACCGUCUCUGCUAGUUCCCCCUUUCUCUUGUCUCUCCAUGUUUAUAUCACUUUUUUUUUCUUUUAUUCGUGGUGUUGUUGUCUUAGUUGCAUCUGUUGUGAUUCUAGCAGCAUCCAUAAAGACAAAGAUGGAUGAUUGUUGAUAUUUCAAGAAACUCUCUGAGAACUUGUGAUUCAUCAAUCACAUGUCCAGUUAAAAAUAAUGUACUGUGGUCUUUAAAAGGACAGAUUCCUCAGUGUGUGGGAGAAAGAAAAGGAGAAACAGGCUUUUCUUUCUGUCUUAGAUAAAAGCAAAUCAUACAUCACAGAGUGCAGUGAAGGUUCACACUCUAUGUUUAGUGGGAACAGGAGGCUUUCUCGUGUGUGUGUGUGUGUGUGUGUGUGUGUGUGUGUGUGUGUAUGUGUUAAAGGAUGUGUUGCGCACUGGAAUCCAGUACGGCUAAUUUUGGAAUAAAAAUGCCACUGAGAAUAGGCAGCUGUCUUUGUAGUUUGCACAGGCACAUACACAAACAUAUGCGCACACAGAAACACACACUUAAACACUAGUGUGCGGCAUUCAGGCAGGUGGGUGGGGUGGGUGUUGGAAAAACAGAAACAGGACCUAAGUUAUACAGACAUGCUGUUCAUGUUACAUCCCAAAACAUACACUAGAAUGUAAAUGUAGGAAAGAGAAAUCAUGUUUUUGCAAAACAGACCACACUGUGCUUCCAUAGCAACAAUUUUCCUGUCAGCCCACCUGUGAAACAAAUUAACUUUGAGUUUAACAUGUCCACCAUGUUGCAGUUUUCACAUCAUCACAUCAGUUGACUGUUAUAUAUCACAUUAACAACAGGAUGCCAUGUAUGCUUCAGUUUUCUGCAGACGGGGCUGACUCUGCCAUGAGAGACCCUGACCAAAAGGUUCAUCUUGUUUAAGUGUACGCUCGACUGAGAUAUUUUUCAGCAUCAGUAUGUCCAUUUAUUUUUACACUGUUUUUGAACUUCAUGUUAUUUAACUUAAUAAAUGCUCCGGAUCAGUUUUUUCUUGAUACUCUGAUAAUGAGGGGCAUCAUGGAAACUUCAGUGACUCAGGGCAAAAAUGUUUUUACAGCAAAUUAAGGAUAUUCGUACUCACAUGGAGGACAGACACAUGUCUAAAUAAUGGAUGGAGCAGAGACAAUGACAGUGUACGAGCGUGAGACGGGGCAGCUAGCCUGAAAGCCCAAGCUCAGGGGAGUACGUCAGAGAAGGGAUAAGCUGGUGGAAAAGACUUUACAAAAGGAAAGGAGACGGGUUGAGGGAGCAAAGACGUGCAGAAGUGUGUCAGGAAGGGGAAGUAUACUUAGCGGAGGAGAGGUUGAAAGAGCUGGAGGGGUUUUAAGGACUUCAACAAAAGUAGAAGAGCAGAGUAAAACAGUGGUUUCAAAUAAACAGACGUUUCUGAGCAUGUUUCAAAAAAGUGGAAAAAAGAGUCAGGCAGAAAGAAGCGGAAGGUGCAGACAGAGAGAUAUAAAGAUAGGGAAAAUAGGGAAACUCUCCUAAAGACAGGAAGAGAAAGAGAUGCAGUAAGAGCUGAAAACAAAAAGCAAGGGAUAGUCGGAGACAGGCGGAGGAGCGUGACAGAGCCAGAACAGAAAAGUCUUUAUCCCACGACCAGGCAGAGCUGGAGACAUGGCUCCACAGGGAGUUUGUGCUCAGGGAAUGAUCGAGUUAUUUUUAUGGGAUAUGAAUCCUCAGGAAUGCUUCAUCUCUAACAACACUUUAUUUGGUAUUUGGCUGUAGCAGAUAUUUAGCUGCAACUCAGUGUGAUUUUAUGUUGUUCUGUAGCUAAAUCAGACAUGAAUAACGAGUUUGAUCAUUGAAUGAAAUGGGAAAUGCUUUAGACAGCAUUGAUAGGACUUCUAAAGGUAAAAUAUCUCCAAAAGAAGACAGCUUUACAAUCUGAAAGUCUAAACAAAUAUUUAUCACAAGGUUUAAUUAGCAGCUAAUUUUUUUCCUCUCCAAAACACAAAGAAGGGAAAAAUACUCCAAGUUAAAAAACUAGAUUAGAAGUUUAUUUAAAACACUAAGGGCCUGAUCUACUAAAGGUUUGCGUGUGCAAAAACACGUGCAAACUUGAUAGCGCACGCAAACCUGAUCAACUAACCGGGUGCACCGAGGAUUGCAUCUGUCAAAUGGGCAAAACAGCGCGUGCAAUGGAUUCAGCGUAUUUGCCUUCAUGAAUAUGCAGAAUGUGUGUAGAUCAGCAGAACAAAAUUCACGCAAAAUUCUGGGAGGAGCAGGUGCAAAUAGAAUCGUUUGAUUGAAACCAAUUGCGGUCGCUGUUUUGACUCCGGAUCUGACAAGUAAUUCAGUUUUUUCAAGCUUUCAUAAAAUAUCCUUGAUACGAUCAAGCUUUGUGCUUUAUAAUGAUCCUGAAGGAUGUUUUUACCUUUUGUAACCCCUCAGCAGCCAUUAGCUUGUUAGCACUUGUGCACACUCGUGAUUGAUACAGCCGCUCUAUCUCAUUGUGCUCAUUCUGUCCCUUGGCUUUUCAGACACAUACAAAUACACACAUCUUUCUCCUGCUGCUCCUUUUCCUUCUCUCCCCUCUCCACCUGUGCUCAAAACUUUUUCACAUUAUUUGAGGGGCUUAUGAUGAAGUGAAAGAGAGAGCUGUUUGAGGGGAAUUCCACAUCCCCACUCUGCUGCUAAGUAAGAAAGGGAGGCUGUGCUUCAUUCAACAUAUGGUACAUAAAGGGGGCAACACAGCAGGUGACACAAUAAUGUUUCGGUUUUGAUAAGCAAAGUUUAUGAUCAUUGGAGCCUAAGUCAUAAAUCACCAGACCCUGAUGUAAAACAUGAACCUCAUGUAGGACGCUCUAAAAGUUUGUUGUAUUUAUCUGUUAGCCUUACCAAGAACUGCAGAUAAAUAUAGAAUAAAUUACAGAGAUUUUUGUCUCAAUCUUCUUUUUUGUGCACAUAGCUUUGCAAGCAUAUUACUGUAAAUUCAUGAUACUCUUCCCAACGCCAGAGUGCUGUGCUUUUGUCCUCUUGACUAACCAUAAACAUAAAGAUUUGAAUACACACCUCCUGCUCCUGGCUCCACCUUAAACCAACAUUUGUUUUACAAUAUGGUUUUGAAACAGGAAGAGGGAGGCCCCACCCCUGUACACUCCCCUGCUGUCAGUUCUUUUCCAUGUCUGAUCCGUUUACUCCUCUAUACCAUGAAUCCCUCUUCUCCUCCCUCUUACUCACAGUCUCCUCCUCUUCUCUGUCUCUGUUACUGUCCUUUUCUCUCCUGUUUCUGUCUCUGCCCCCUCUCCUCUUCCUCCUUUCCUGAGGUAAACCGCCUUCAAGUGGUUUCUGGCCUGUUUCCCAUCCUCUGCAUUCCCCCUGUGUCUCCCUGGGUUGCUGUGGAGAAGCACCAGGAGAGAGACACUCAUCCCGCUCUUCUCUUUUUUAAUCAAACUCUAAAUACCAACAGCAGAGGAGGGAGACUCAUUGUUUUAUUAACAUCCUUUUUUACAGGGAUCCCCGAGGCUCAAAGGUCACUGUUGAAUGUGCGUCCUUGCAUAAAUUGCAAAAAUAAAAAAGUAAACAGUCUGUUCCUAAGACUUACUGCAUCACUACCAUCUAAAUAUUUUUACUAUUACAUCUUUCAAACACCUUCCUUCACUCUGCUCCUUGGGGCUUGAAGUUAAACAAAAAGUUAUAUUCAGUGUUUCUCAUCUAGUGGCUAUGGCUGUGAACAAAUAUGGUAUAGCUUUUGUCCUGCUCAUAAAAAAAGAUAUAUUUAUCCUUGCGUUAACAUCCAUUCAAACUUGUUAGGAGUCUUUCUUAUCAGUUUGUGCAUGACUAAUAUUUGCAGUUGUUAGGAAAACACUUGACCAUUUAUUAAGAUGAACAAUGCAUCUCCACCUGUUCCUCUUUUGAAGAGGAGGUAACAUCCUGCCCCUUCUGUUAGCUGCAACACAUAUUUUACACUUGAAUCAGGUCCUUCCCAAAAUCACGUGACAUACAUAUUCUAGCUUAUAUUCAAGGCUUUGCAUCUGCUCUGUCAAUGCCACCGAUGCCUUAAAAGAAUGUUCCAGCAUAAAUUGAAUGAAUGUUGCCAACCACUUGCUUCUCUAGUUACACCAACUUCAACAACGAGCACACAAUAGCAAUACACAGCGGUCUAUGUCUCCAUGUGCAAACCUCAACCAAAAAGCCACUCUAUAGCCACAAAUAAUGCUCAGAACAGCACCUAACUUCAUCAACAGUACAUAUAGGGUUCCAGCCAUAGUUCUAGCCACUAAACAUCUUUUUAGCUUUGCCUGAUUUCUUUAGCAAAGAGACUAAACACAACUCACCUACUCUCCUCCAGCAGCCGCUUGUUUGUGAGGGAUCACCGAGUGCAGCGGAGUUUCGCAGCUCAAGGAAGAACAUUUAUGAUCAUUACUUCAUGGAAAUGCAAUCAGAGUUCUUGUGUAUUUUGUAUGUGCACUGCAAACGCGGUAGUUCUUCAGCCUUAGCGUCUCGGUCUGGUUGCAUUUCCAUGAAGUAAUAAUCAUAAAUUUUCCACUGCACUCAGUGAUCGAGGUUUGCACGUGGAGACGUAAACCCCCAUGUAUUGCUAUCGUGCUGUCAUUCCUAGAGUCGGUAUAACUAGAGAAGCAAGCAGACAGCAUCAUUCAUCUCUCUAGGGAGUGACUAACUUGGUGUUAUGGUGUGUUUGACCAUAACGUAAAUUAAACGCCAGAAUAUCCCUUUUAGUCAAAACGAUAUAUGAGCUAAAUGGUAUAAUACUUGGAUAGCACAAUUGCAAUGAGUACCUGUGCAAUAUUCAUAUCACAAAUGACCAUGUCAUGCUGUCACAUUACAUAUAUCUAUCUGAGAUCGCUCUGAUGCAGCAGGUGUACACCCAUGGACUAUUAUACGAAUGAGACCACAAAGUGUUUACUUUUAGCAACUGUACUCAGAGUGCACGAUGUCAUAGUGAUGUGAACAUCAAAUGUAAAAGAGUAUGGGGAGUUUUUGUUCAGUUAUGUUACCAUCAGGGGCCCUAAGGUAUGAUCUCACUACUCCUCAGUAUCUGCAUAUAAAAGCAAAACUGUAAGGAGUGAUGAGGUUGAAGCCAACAUGCCAAACAAAACAACAUUCUGCGGCUGAAAUAAACAGUUCAACAGUUGUCUGACUGAACUAAAUCAGGGAGAGCUCUAAACCUUUCAGCAUCACUCUUUAAGAGCUGGUAUCCAGCUGUUUGAACAGCAUGUUGGAAAGACUCGCAAAUGAAAAAUAUGAAAAAAAAUGUUUUGUUUCCCAAAAUAUCCUUAUUUCACUAAACUUGUUUCACUAAAAUAAUGGUUGCCAGGCAACAGAGUAUUCAUAUCACUUCCCAUGUUGAACAGAAAAUUCUUAUUCAAAUGAUACCAUCUAAUAUGUUGUACCCAUGUAAGUUUUCACCCCCACAUGACUGUUUAUGAAUGCCGGUUUGAGAGGAUCUCUGGUGUGUUUGCUCUUCACUGUAGAGUGCUAUAAGUGGAAAAGAGCAGUAAGUGGAAAAUCACUGCUGUUGUUACUUAAGGUGUGUCUCCUCCCAGUGCGCGUUACCUCUGCUGCUGCCGUUCAGCAUGGAGCUUAACUCACGCACAGCGACUCAGAGUGUGUAGGAUGUAAUCUGCAGCUGUCAGGAAGAUGUAACAGGAAAUUAAGUAUUAGUUAUUUUCAAUUUAGCAUCAUUUUGAGGAGGUGUUUUCUAAGAGUGUGGGGUUAUUUUCCUCUUAUAAGCAGGCAGGGAAAAAUAGUGAACUGGAGAUGACGCCUCAAAAAGCUAAAACACUCUCAUGUGCAAGAGAAAUUAGAUAACUUUUUCAUUACUGAUGAUAGGGAUGAACUUUUAAAGGGGAGUGCUGUUUUAUCUAUUCUUAUAGAGUUUUUUAAGGCAGCACAUACUGAUGGGAGAACAAUAGAAAUCACUCUUAGAAAAAGGAAAAAACACUGAAGUUUAAACAUGGCAGCGAUGUAUAAUGUCUAGCCCAGAAAGCUGUACUCUCCUGGUGAAGCUCCAUUAGAGCACUUUGCUCCCAUCAACAUCAGAUCAGGUUUCUGAGUGUGAAAGAGAGAGAGAGAGUCAGACCACUUUGUGCCUGUCUAAAUCUGAUCCCAGUUCUUUUUGUGUGCUUCCAUAGGAACAGAAGUGUAUACUAUAAAAGUGACGCGUUCACAUCUGUGUGUGUUAGUGUCCUUUUUUUAGUGUCCCUCAGAAAACACAGAGGGGUUACACUUUGCACCAGGUCUCUGUUGACUCUGUCAGCUGGUAUAAGCCAGUUUAGAGUACCGGUAUCAUCUCUCUGACACGCACACCACAUUUUAGAUUUGAUUAUUUUGCCAUUGGGAUUUGAGAUAAUGGCAUUUACCGCAUGUUAGUACAACUACAGCCUUAAUGGCCCAUCAGUGCAACAAAGUUUGUGGUUAAUGUUGUCAGCCGCUAUACCAUCAAUACUGCAGAAACAGAUUUGUAGCUUAUACAAGUUUGGAAAUCUGUUAAAGGUCAUGGUUCUUGCUGUGGUAUAUGUAAAUCUGCAGACAGGUGCUUUGAGUACACACAGUCUAAUGAGUGUAUGUUUAUCUUCUCAGGCAAGAAAGCAUCAAAAGAGAAGAUGGCAAAGAUCUGUGCUUUGGUGCUGAUGACACGUGAGUAAUAGUCUUUCCGUUUAUCAAAGUUUUAUGAGUAAGUAAGCAAGCAAGAAAUUUUCCUUUGGAUUUAUAAUUUCCUCUAAAAAACACUGAAUUGGAAUCAGUGAUUUUACUAAUCCCAAUCCUUAUAUAGAUUUGUUUUAGAAAGCUACAGAGAAACCUCAAAGUAUACUUGAUUCACCGUUGCUGGAAGAGCUGUCUGCCAUUAACACGUGUUGAAGAAGUUUUUUAAUGGUUGUUGAACAGAUUUAAAUUCAUGUCAAUGUGUCUUUAUGAUUCUUUAUAAAAGCACACAUAAUUUGUUAUGCCUGAAACUACUGCAAAGAGGUAGAGGUUGUACAAGACAAUUGAUGUCACAAUGAAAAAACUGCCUAAUUUACAUUUUUGAAGCAAAGACUUAAGAAUGAAACAAAAGCUACAUGGAUAAAAGAAAGCAGGAUAUGAUUUUGAGUCAAAAAGUACUACCCUGGCAGAAACAGGAGGAGAUAAGCAAAGUGAUAAGCAUGUUUUUGCCAACAAGAGUUUUCUUAAUCAUAACAAAUGUGUUUUACUUUCAUCUUCUUUGUAGUCUAUGCAUAAUUGUAACUUAGAUUGUAGAGAAACUAAGUCUAAGAUAUUUAAAUGCAUCAAUGUCUAUUUUGGAAUUUAUUAAAUUCAUAUUUUAAAAUUAAGUCUUUGUUUAAACAAAGUACAAAAAGUAUUGAUAAACACAAAGAGUGCAUAGGACAGAUGUGAGUGAAUUAUGUGCAAUCAACCACAUGGACUUAGAAAAUAAACCAAGAGUUAUGAACCAUUAUGAUCCCUGGUACAAACAAAGUGAGAAGUGAGAAGUGUGCAUUGCUGUAAUCUGUCUGUGGUCUCUUGCAGUGGUGUCACUGGUGUUCGCAGAAGAGCAGAACUGUAAGUACAAAACGCAGCAAUAAGAAACUGUAAAUAUCUAUAUUUGUAUGUAUGUCUCUAAUAAGAUAUGAACAGCAGAGAACCAUUAGAGCCUAAAAUGACUGAAAGGGAUUGUAAUGUUACUCUCAUGUCAAAAGGUAUUGAUUUCCUGCUCAUGAAUGUCAAUCAUUAGUCAGAGAAUCAAACUAGGCCGUUGUGUGGUCAUCUCUCUGUGUGAGCUGUUGACUUCGCUGUCAACCUGCUGUCAUCUGACCCUCUUUUUACCUCUGUUUCCACAGUGGAGGACGACCCAUUUACUUUUGGUAAAUAUUUUAAUGCGACCAUUUAUAUGUUCAUGUAACUACAAAGACACCAACUUAAAAUGUAAAAAACUUUUCCUUUACCAAUUAAUUAAUUCAUGAUAAAAUAGUAACCACCUCUCUGACCUUCUCGUGCAGACUACCACAGGCUGCGUGUCGGAGGCCUGAUUCUGGCUGCAGUCCUCUGUCUCAUUGGCAUCACCAUCCUGCUCAGUAAGGACUCAUUGACACUAACCCACCUACAGGCACAUGAAUGUAAUCAAACAGAGCUCAGAUACACACAGAUACUAUUUAAAAAAACUCACUGUAUCCUUCGUCUUUUUUCAGGUGGCCACUGCAGAUGCAAAUUCAACCAGGAUAAGAGGUGAAACUCUGCUCGGUCAAAAAUGAAGAAUAUUUGUAUAACUGAAGUGGAAAACUCAAAGCAUGUUGUAUUAUAUUGCAGAAUAUUGGGUCUUCUGCCUUUUCUUUGCUUAACCUCUUUUUUUUUUUCUUCUCUUUACAGAAGGAGGACAGCAGGCAAUGCUCAGCCGAUGCUCUCUGAGCAAGGUAAUGUUUGUUCACCCCUCUGUAAUAGCGCUCUGCCUAUCACAGCUGUGCUUGGAGCUUCUUUUUUCUUCCUGUCCAUCACCCUUUCCUGUGCUUGAGAAUGUAAUUUAUAAAGUUUGACAAUAAUAUUCAUAACGUGAGAGUUCACUUUCAUACGGUGUGACACACAUUAUUAAGAUAGAAAGAUAUACUAGAAACCGCUAAAUGAAAUGUAUUUAUAUUUGAAUUAAACUCCAAUUUAGACUCAGAGCAGAUUAGAUUUUGAUGUUUAGAGUUCACUUAUAAAUAUAGUAUCACAUCAUCAGACCUUUUUGUCCUAUUUGGUUUGCUAUCAUUCAUCUCUCCAAGGAGAUCAAUAUCAGCUGUGAGAAGUCUAAUAGCACUCACAUGAUCUGCUGAGAAACACAGGAAGACAAGAUGUUUUCUCUUAUUAUAUUCUUCCUGCACAUGUAUGUGGUGAGACCUUCUGGGGUUUCAAAUAUCCUGAAAUACUUUCACCCUAAAGGCUACACUCACUAACUCUGGAAAUCUGUGAAAAACAAAUGGAUAAAUGAAAGCUACAGCUCGACUGGUUUAACCUCACUGGCAGCAGAGUCUGUGUAAAUCACAUCCUAAAAGGAGGAGCCGAAACUGGGUUUGGGAAUGAGUUUAAGAGCAAAUAAAGAGACGUUCAGCUGUAACCACAAACCCUCGAAAGAGCAAUGAUGAUGACAGCUUAGACAAGCAUAGGUAUUAAAUUAUCUGACCUACUGUACCUGAUUUUUAUUCUCUUCUUUAUGUCUUUUCACAAAUAAAGUAAGUCUGCACAUGAAGUGGACAUAUAUGUGGACUCUGUGCAGCUUCUUUCCCCCUUAAAUACUCAAAAUUUCAUCACCCGGUUGACAUCCCGCCAAGGUCUAAAGUUAUAUUUACUCUGUCCAUCUGUUCCACUGUAAACGGCCCCACAAUCUCACACUCACACAGACACACGCUGAAAGCUCCCACAGUGCCGGACCUAAACACCUCAACAGGUGGUGGGACUCUGGGGUAUGUGACACUCUGGUGUGUGUUUUAUGGAGUUAUGCAUUCAUAAAAGCUCUCCUGAGUUUGAGAAUCACACACAAAAAAACCCACACACAAAAUCUUGACUCAACUUUGAUGCACAUUUUUGCUGCUGUUUGAUGCUCCAGUGGUUUUAACUUCUAAAUGUUGAUAACUUCAGACGCUGUGAGAAAAUCUUAAAUGAAAACAACUCUGAUGUUGACAAAACCCAGACUACACAAAGAAACAGUGACCCCCUAUGGAUGAACACUUCCUGUGUAAUUGUGUGUCUUUGUGUAUUUGUGCAGCACAUAAGCAACUCAGCACUCACACACACACACUCCUUGCUUAUAAUGCUUAUAAUCUGAGUCAUUCAGCAGUAUUUUUUUCAUUUUCCACUUAAAAAUGACUGACAUUGUUAUUGUAGUGCUUUUAAUGCCUGUAAAUAUUUCCUGUUUUUGUAAAUAUCAAUAUUUCUUUUACAUCUAUAUCAAUAUUUUUACAGAUUUUGUCAUCAUUCUUUGAAUAUGCUAACAAAUUAUAAGACAACAAGUUUAUUUUCCUCUAUCUAGGAAAAAUAAAUGAUAAAGUAAGAAGCACAAACUGAAAUACUUUUGAUAACUGAAAUAUUCAUGAAAGGAAAUGAAGAAAUAAAUACACUGUCAUAAAUAAACUGCUGGGGCUUGAGAUUGAGUUGCGUUGUGGAAAAAAAAAAAAGCUCUAAAUAGUCGUAAAGUUUUCAAAGCAAAAUAAAUUAUUCAGUUUCUCAACAGAGUCAACAGACACCAAUGUGCUUUACUUAUUUAAGAAUAAUGGUGACUAAUCUAGUGUGUCACAUCACAGGUCAUAUUUGGCUAAAAAAAAAUAACAAUUUACAAUAUUUAUUCAUACUGAAGCUCACCCUCCUGUCUGUCUGUUUCUCUGUAGGUCGUUCCUGCGACUGCUAGAUGUGGAUCAGCGCACACUGGCUUCCCAAACCUGCAACCAACAGAAAACACAGAGCAGCGGCAGCAGCGGCAGGCCGAAAACAUCCAGCCAGAGGCUUUGGUUUAUAGUUAGAGAAGCAGAAAGUAGUCUGUGUGUACCUGCUGUGGGGAGUCAUGCGUUCUGCUUAAUAACUGAGCUACUGAUCUGAAGUCUGCACACAAACAUACACUCAAACACACAGCUUUUUAUUACAUUCAUUUCAUUCAGUUGAUUUUCUUUUUGGUAUUUAAAAAUGAUAAACCUUCCCCCAUAAAGAAAAUCUUCAGCCUUUAAGAAUUCCGUCUCUAAAGGAGCAAAAAUAUGUUGUAAUUUGUUGCUUGUCAUUGUGCCUGAUUGGGCUGAAAGGGACUCCAGUCACCGGUAACACAAACCUUUUACCAAAAACGUCCCUCAGUGUCGACAAACUGUAGGUUUAAUCCAUGUCUCACACUACUCCUUUCUUCUGUAUGCCCUGUCUUUCUGUCCAUCUGUCUGUAAAACGUUGAUGUAGAUAUUAGUUGCUAACUGUGACAAACCUAACCAACUGUCCUUGCUUUCAUGUCAAAUAUAAAAUAUCCAUAUAUUCAUGAGUGUUAAGAGUGCUGUUAAUAAUAAAUCAUGAUAAUCGGAUAGUCAUCAUGUUUAGCUUUUUGGAGAAAGGUAGAGGAUUGCACUGUUCAGAGACUCUGACAUGUUUCUAUAAAAGAAUUACUGAAACAAAAACCACAAGCUGUGAGGGUUUUUUUUUUCUGUGUGUGUGUUUGUUUGUUUUUGUAGUCUCAAACCUGAAGUUUAAAUUACCUUUUGACAAAAGUUGCCCACUGCAGCAGUUUACUGCACAUCAACAUGAGAUUAUGAGAAGUAAUUUAUUUAAUUUUAAUGCUUUAUGUCCUAAAUGAAGUGUCAUUUAUUGUUUCACCCUCACAUACUGUUUGGGUCAAAUUUGACCCGUUUUGACUUUUAACAGCAGUAAAAACACCCUAAACAUCAUUCUUUAAGGCUGAAACUUGAUGACUUUUCCUGAAGUGGCCCAAAAUACAUUAAAUUAAUUUAAAAAUAUUCAUGUGUAUUUUUGUUUAUGUGCUAGACAUUUUUCCCCUCUAAGGCUGUUACGGGUCAAAUUUGACCCGAAUCUAUUUAGAUGGAUUUUAGAUCUAGCAGUGUGGGACAAGUGACAAACAGUAACAACAGUGUUCAAUAUAAGGUUUGUUGUUCAAAAAAAUAUAUACAAAUCAUUAUGAAACUAUCAUUACCUUGACAGAAACUCACACGCACACAGACAUACAGUCACACAGACACACCUAGACAGAGGUCAAGAUGACCUAACCAGUCACAAGAACCUUCUGCAACAGAAAGCUGCUCUUUGAACUCUUUGAAGGGGCAGGGGGGGAUCCUAAAAUAUUGAAAUAGUAAACAAACAACACAUGAGUGAUCAAAGAUGGAGUACAAAGGGAUCAGAAGUCAUCCGGAGGUCAGAUGUGCUUUGACACAGAUGUAACAUGUGCACCUGCUCCUGCAAUAUAAUAUACAAAGUAACUAAUUGGAAUCUGUUUGAUUGGAAGGGAGGCAGUGGGAGUCGUAACAUUAUGAGAGUAGAGAGAGCGGCCAUUACGGUGGCAAACACAUGUGCAAGAUCCACUCAUGUGAAGUGUCCUACCUUUGCUUUGAAUGCAGAGACUAGCAGUGAGGACAGUGACAAACAGUGAGAACAGAGUUCAAUAUGAAGUUUGUUGUUCAAUAAAAUAUAUUCAAAUCAU